GGUCGAUUCAGGAACUUCGUGCUGAGAACAUCUAUAUAAAACCUAUCAAACUAGACAUUGUACCAAACAUGUUAAACAUGUCCAGACUUCUCGUAGGAAGGGUGGCGUCGCUACUAGCCACCCUGCUCUUUCCCUCCUCUCUUCUUCUUUCUUCUACUCUCCAGCCCUACCCAACUCUACUAAUAUCUUUCCUAGUAGAUGUUCAGCAAACCGAGAACCAAGCUACUAACUUGGCAGCAGCUGGCAACGGCGACGAGAGUGGCCGUGAUGGAAUUCACAAGCCCCACAGGUCACUAUGCGCUACUUGUGGCAAGAGGGGCCAUAAUAUGGCCCAGUGCUGGAAAGCCCUGGCUGAUAGGGUAGUGAUUGGAUUGGCCGCAUGGCAAGAAUACCAUUCUAUUCUGUUCUUGGCACCAGAAACAAGAAGAGCCGCCGCAGGGCCAGCAGCAAAUCAAUCUGCUCACGCAGCUCGUCCAACAGCUGCAACUUCUGCGGGACAGCAGAACAGAAUUGCGGAGAUGAGCGAGCAGCUACCGGCUGCCAAUCCUGAAAAUGGGCGUUUAAAUCAAUUUGUCUUUUUAUUUCAUGUUUAG